AUGGAUAUUCGUUUACACGGUCGACAGGGACAAAACUCGGAGACUGGGCGUGAACGAAGAGCUGCUGUCGCGACUUCGAGCCUAUCGGUGUAUUCCCAGCUCCUUCAGACUGCCAAUUCUCCAAUUACCUCCUUCCAUCCUAACAAAUCCUUCACAAUGGCACCAGCGAUUCGUAGACUCCGCGUUGCCGUCUCAGGGCUUGGCCGCAUGGGCGCUCGCCAUGCCAACCAUUUCCUCCACCGCACACCCAAAGCUGAACUCGUAGCGGCUUUCACACCAGCUGAAAACGAGAUUGCGUGGGCAAAGGAGAACCUUGAGCCAUGGGGUGUCAAGAUCUAUACCGAUUAUGACGAGAUGCUGAAGCAUGAGGGUCUUGAGGCUGUCUGUGUGGCUACCGUCACCACAGCACACGCCGAGCAGACGAUCAAGGCGAUCGAGGCUGGAAAGCACGUAUUGUGUGAGAAGCCGCUCAGCACCAAACUGGAUGUGGUCCACCAAGUCCUCGACACCGCGAAGCGCAACCCCCACGUCAAAGUCAUGUGUGGUUUCUCCCGCCGAUUCGACGCUUCUUACGUCAAUGCCUAUAACAUGACUCUCAACGGCGACAUCGGUCGUCCCACAAUCCUGCGAUCACAAACUUGCGACAAAUAUGACCCCUCCGGUUUCUUCGUCGCCUACGCUGAGUUCUCAGGCGGCAUAUUCGUCGACUGCAACAUCCACGACAUCGACCUAGCCCUCUGGUACUUCUCCGCCGAAUCAAAGGGCAAGAACCUCCCCGCCGUAAAGUCUGUCAUGGCCGUCGGCGUCACAGCGCUCGAGCCCGACCUAGCCAAACACGGCGACGUCGACAACGGCGUCGGCGUUGUAGAAUUCCACUCGGGCCAAAUCGCAUACUUUUACAGUUCGCGCAUGAACGCCCCCGGCCAACACGACAUGACGGAGAUUAUCGGUACAAAGGGCAAGUUGGCCGUCAACUCAAACCCAACCACGGGAUUGCUCGAGAGCCAUAUUAGCACGGGUAUUCAUAGGGAUAUUCCGCAGAACUACUAUGAGCGGUUUGAGCAGGCGUUUGUGGAGGAGGCGAGGCAAUUCACUGAUGCCGUACUGGAGGGUAAGGAUGUUCCCAUUGAUUUACAGAGUUCGAUGGAGGCAGUCAAGAUUGGUGUGGCGCUGCAGGAUAGCUUGAGGAAUGGGAAGAAGAUCUUCUUUGAUAAGCAGGGUAACAGGGUGGAUGAAGCGAGGGCGAAGUUGUAG